CUUGACGCCAAGCAAAAUUCUUAGGUCUCUUAGGUCUGGAAUUUCAUGCUCCUCCUCUUUGCAUCUUACCUGGAAUUUCUUCUUUUUCCUCCAUACAUUGUGCGCCCAAGCUUGUGAAUUCUGAUUAAUUCUGAUUUUUGAAAAUCCCUUUUUAGAAAAUCAUGAGAUCGGUCUAAUUCAUGUGUUCCAUGAUAUCCGUUCGCUAAACUUAUAGAUUUCGAUCCGAUCCUGCGUUUGCAAGCGCCAUCGUUAUCAUCACGGAUCAUAACCUAGCAAACUAAAUUUCCGCGGGGUCUAAGCUCAAAAGUACCAUGCCACCAUCAUGUGCUUAAGCAUACAAUGUCUUCGACAGCUAGGUCUACAAUCUUAGGCCAGGCACAUCAGGCCCGGCGAUCGCUCUAUGCCCUCGCCGAUGCUUUCACCUCGAGAGCGUCCUCGAGAAGGAACCCGAUCAAUCAUGUUGGGCCACAUCAGACGGCUCCCUGCUCUUCUAUAGGAGGAGCAUCGAGAUCGCCCAAGUCUCCAUGGCCUUUCUUUCGAUCACCCAAGGUUUCCUGCCAUCAGGUUCGCAGUCACUUUACCUCCAGUGGCCUGCUUCUUAUUGGUUUCGCUUCUCCCACGUCAACCACUUCUGCCGUCACCGCGACGUGUUCGGCAGCGGCUGACUCUGCAAUCCUCGGGACCGUGGCUCAGACGGCUAAUAUUAGCAAGUUGUCCAGGCAAGCAUGGAAAAGAGAUGCUCAUUUUCGCAGUCGGGGCAAGACCAUAAGAGUCCAUCGAAGGACGAAGACAUCCAAGUCAAACGUCGAUAAUGGGAACCCAGCUAUGAGUCAGCAGAAAAAUAGUACGCCACAGCCCAAUAUGAAGCCCGACACCAAUCCAGCGGAGGCAGACGGAACGCACGCUUCCAUGUCUAAAUACUUCCACUUACCUGCCAUGCCACACUUGCCGCAUCGUCCGACAAAAGAGGAGUUCCUGGCUGCUGCAAACGGCUUUUGGCAGCGUAUGAAGGUUCGAUUUAAGUGGUUUUCUAUCAGAAGCAUGAGACCGUGGAAUAUAGAUGAAUGGGGAGCCUUUGUUUCCUGGUUCCUCUUCGGUCAUCUUGUCUGGAUUCUUGUCGGCACAACAACCUUCUUCUCACUCGGCAUACUAUUCAUCAAUACUGUCCUUGCGCAGGAAACUCUCGCGAAAUGGGUAGGCGACUACUUGACCGAAUCCGCCGGAUUGAGCGUUGUUUUUGAGUCAGCCAUUGUCCCGAGGUGGAAAGACGGUGUCAUCUCUUUCAGGAACGUAUUCGUAUCUCGAAGGCCAGGCCAGGUCAAGUCUUCCGUCAGCAAGGGGUCUUCCUCCAGUGCCGCCGCUGUUGCUGCCGCCGAAAGAGGGACUGAUAAGGAACCCCAAGCCAUCGAAGUAGACGAUGGUAAUUAUACCCAGUUUGAUGUCACACUGGAUACCGUCAACGUCACAUUAUCGUUUGUAAAAUGGUGGACUGGAAAGGGCCUCCUGAAAGAUGUUGAAAUUAAAGGAGUUCGAGGAGUUAUGGAUAGGACAUCAGUAAAAUGGCCCACCGAGCGUGUCGAUCCCUUGUCCUACCGACACGAGCACAGCCCCGGCGACUUUGAAAUCGACUCUUUCAAAUUGGAAGACCUGCUCCUUACUGUUCACCAGCCAGGAGGAUUCCGACCUUUCUCCGUGAGCAUAUACUCAUGUGAGCUUCCCCAACUGAGGAAACAAUUCAUGUUUUACGACUUCUUAUCUGCCAGCCAUAUGUCCGGAUCAUACGAUGGAUCACUUUUUACGAUACAUCCACGCCAGAUUCACGGAGUCCAUGGAAAUCAUGGGGUCCCAGCCGGUCGCGAGGAGUCUGCUUCUGACCCAUUGAGAGACCCAGAUUUGUGGAAGAAAUUUAGUCGCAUCCGGAUCGAUGGUCUCAAGAUAGACCAUCUCAACCGCGGAGUCGAAGGCCCCUUUGGUUGGAUUUAUGAAGGCAAUGUCGAUCUCGUGGCGGAUAUUAGGUUCCCAGCCGAUGAUGACGAUAGUAUUACUAAAGUCAUGUCCGAAUUUUACGACCGACUCGAAGAGAAAGUUACAUCAAAUCGAUAUAUUUCCAUCCUUGAUCGGGGCUAUCGAACCGAAGAAGUCAUAAUCAACGAUACGGAUGAAAUACAAUCUGGCGAGACAGUGGAGGAGGCUGAACCCACUAUCUCUCAAGAGGAACCUCAAGCAAAUGCCAGCACGCCAACGAUCCCCUCGACCCACGUGGACGAAGAGCCGCCACGUUAUCUAGUCAUGGAUUUACGCAUACACCUGAACGAUGUCAAGGCUUCAGUACCUGUCUUCACAUCUAACCUCUCUUACGUGAACCAAGCUCUUGUACGCCCCAUCGUAGCCUACAUCAACGCGAAGCGCACGUACAUUCCUAUCAGCUGCCGCAUUGUCAAGCGAGCUUCCGAUUUCGACGGGUCUUGGACCAUCUAUGACUGCGGGCUUAUGGACGACACUUCGGCCGAGGUCUACGACGCAUUUGCGCGUGACGUGGAAGACCAGCAGAGCCGUGUCCGUCGUCUCAAGAAGGUUGGUUUCUGGACCUUGAGUCUUGCUGUGCACGCUCUAUUUAUGGGCAUGGCCGGAGCCGUCAUCUAACACAACACCCUACUACUACAUACAUACAUACACAUUACCUCAAUAUCUACGCAGAUAUUCCUCCCCCCCUAUUGUAUAUAGCACCCAUUUCCCACCCACACAAACAUUAUCACAGGAGGGAGAGCGUUGGGCGUUCAUGUGUAUAGGGGGAAACAGCUCUUCUUGCUCCCCCCUGCCCCCCUUUUUUGCUCAGCCUCGCGAACAUAAACAGCUGAGAACGAGCUAACUAGCAAACGAACCUUUUGGUUGGUUGGUUAGUUGGGAGCUGGUUCAAAUGGGUAUUUACGUGGUUACGAAAACGGCGUUCUUUCGUGAUCCAUGGCUAACUAGGUGAUGGGUUGGUUGGUUCAACCGGUUGGCUGGUGGGUGAGGUGUUUGGGGCGUUUCACUUUUACCAAAAACAAAACAGGACAGAACGAGAAGAGGAAUAAAGCAAAAAAAAUGAAAAUCAUCAUGUCGUCGUGGGGGACUACUCGAUAACCGAGUAUAGUCCCCCCACGCCCCCUGCCUGGCUACUUUUGUUUUGCUAUUUUAUGGGAGUUGUCGAGUUUUUAACGCUGGAAAUACCCCCCUUUAAGUCAAUAUAGACAUGCAUACAAACAUGCAUACAUACCUAGGUACAUACAUAUAUAAAAGAUUAUAAACAGAUCAGAGAAAAUUUACCAAACAUUUGAAUCCUCUCUUGAGAUUUUACUUUGGGUUGGUGUGG